AUGUCUGAGGCGUCGGAUAAAGCCCAACCCGGUUGGCGAAUCCCUCGCGCAUGCCAGGAAUGCCGCAAACGUAAAAUCAAAUGCAAUGGCCUGACCCCGUGCAAAACUUGCCAAUUGCGCAAUACACCCUGUAUAUACAGAGACUAUAUUCGCCAUCGGCGGAAGAAAUAUGAGUAUGAAGAAGCCGGCGAGAGGAAUUCACCUCGUCAAGCCUCCUCAACUGGAGUCCCGCCAUCGGGGCAGCACACAGCCUCCGUUAUGAAUGACUUCCCAAAUAGUGUAUCUGCAACACAUAUGGCAUCGCCAUCAUGUCAGAUGCAGCUAUACUAUGGCCCCACCUCUCAUUUCUCGCUCAUGCAGCAUAUCUACCGAGAUCUCAUCUCCAAUCCUACAUCUCACCCUGAACCAUCUGGCGGGGUCGAGGAAGCUGGGGCUGGCUUGGACUUGUUUAGCUUUCGUCGCAUUUUUUUUGGAACCCCAGACAUUCAUGAGAGUAUCAAGUCCCUCGGAACAGGGGAGUUGUCUUCGAUGUUCCUGCCGUACGACCUGGCUAAGCUCUUUCUAUCGCGAUUUCUCUCUAGCUUUUACCAUUUGAUGCCAUAUCGCCCCAAGAUGCAUUAUGAGCAAUGUCUGAAUCGACUGUAUAGUUCCUCGCCCACAGAACAUUUAGAUGCUCUCACCAGAGCGAUCGUUCUUCUUGCCAUGGCUACCGCGGCACUUGGCACGGAACAUUUCGCCUGGGGUGAUGUGCUGUUCGAGCGCGUCAAGGCUUCGUUGACAGCAUUUGAUGACGUGGUGAACCUUCAGACUAUUCAAAUCUCAAACGAACAAGCUCGGCCCAACUCAGUGUUCUUGCAUCUGGGUUCUGCUUGUCGCAAAGCCUUAUCAGCAGGUCUGCAUAAGGAUGUGCCCAAUAAUGUUGAUCAAACCCCGGAAAACAUCGAAGAACGACGGGUAACCUUCUGGUCUCUUUACAUAUUCGAAACCUGGUUCUGCUUCCAUGUGGGACGUCCUAGCUCCCUUUCCCUUAAAGAUGUCGCAAUCGAGUACGCGCAGGAUCCAUUUAUUCGAUUGUUGGUUCAGCUUUGCAAAAGCAUGAGUCGGUCUGUUAAUGAGAUAUAUGGCCAGCGGCAUGAGUCUCUUCUGCACAUGUGGAGAGUCGCUCGAUCCAUUGCGGAUGAUAUCCGUGGCUAUGAGCCACAUCUACAACAAGCUUUAGGUCUUGGGCUUGAUGAUCACAUCCAGGCGGGAUCCCUUGGCGUUCGGCAAAUAAUCUUCAUUACCCAGAAACGCCUUCUUGGCUCAACGAAGCCUGCAAUCAUGCCAUCACUGCCGCCCAAAAAAACACUGCAUCACUUAUGUGAAGCUUCAAGAGUCAACAAUCUUGUUCUGGAAUUGCGAUACCAUGGUUUCUUUUUCGGCAAUUCUGUUUUUACUCUCAUUUACGAGUUCAUUCACAACCCGGAUGUCGCGCCUGUUUAUCUGCCAUGGGUUUAUGCAUCAUUGCAAACCUUGUCAACCAUGCGAGCAGGGGACCCGAUCGCAAGCUCAAUCUCAGCCAUACAGACUGUGCUUCACAAUAUUAAUCCAUCGUACGAAUGGGUACCUGGAUUAGCAACAACUGGGGGUAGCAUUGUGCCCCCAGAAGGGACAGCCAUACAACAAGGCCUUACCCCCGACCGCAGGCAUCGAUCGCUGCUCAACAACCCUGCAAUUUCUCAGAACCCGUCACUAGGAAUGCCACCUGGUAUACUGACGUCUCCUUGGAAUCUCCCACAGUUAGAAAAGCCUGGAAACUCGGAGACCGGAGGCUCUGUUGGCUCCGGGGAAGACCUGCUUGAUUUCACCCAGUCUGACAUGGGCUGGGAUUUCGAUUUCUCUACCAUGGACCUGGACGCCUUCUUUUCGGUUUAUCAGUCGAAUGAUGCUGCCGCGCUUUGA